AUGUCUUCUAAUGAAGCCACUCAACAACAAGAUCUUUCCCGCGAGCAUCGGAAGCGCCCAUGUGUUCUGUGUCAGCAACGGAAAGUCAAGUGCGAUCGGAAUGAGCCAUGUAGGAACUGCAUUCUAGCCGGAGUCGCAUGCGUCUCCGCUGCCACACUUCCACCUCGUAAGAGAAAACGGCGGUUUCCAGAAGCGGUGCUGCUUGCACGAUUACGAAUAUAUGAACAUCACUUGAGAGCAUACGGAGCAGAUCUCGAUGCAAUCAACAAUGAAGGUACUAGGGGAGAAGAGUGCUCUACCACCGACAGCUUGUCCAUCCGUGAUACUCCAACCAACUUGCAUCCUGGCCCACAGAGUUUCGGUCAUGAUGUGGAUCUGGGCGGAUUUGCGUCAGUGAAGAAGGCUCAGAGACACGUCGAGACUCUAAGCCUUGGUGUUAGUGAUGAAUACCGUGAUGCUGAAGUCCUUCUGGGCGGAGCUUCCGAUGAUGAAGUGCUUGCAAAUCCGAUUAGCGAAACCUUUGAGGAACACACCGACCAUGAAGGGGAUCUCCUCUUCCCCGUCAAUACCUCAGCAAAUGUGAACGCUCUACACCCUUCUCCAGUACUCAUCUUCAGGCUCUGGCAGACAUUUCUGGAUAACGUCGAUCCACUCAUCAAAAUCUUCCACGCACCAACCGUACAACAGAAGGUCCUAGAUGCCACUGCCGACCUCGGAAACAUUCCCAAAAAUACUGAAGCCCUGCUAUUCAGUAUCUAUGCUGCGGCCACAAUGUCAAUGGACGACGAAUGGUGUCAGAAGCUCUUCGAAGAAAACAAGACAGAUCUUUUGGCUCGUUUCCAUUCCGGAGCCCAACAGGCUCUUAGAAAUGCGGGUUGCCUCAGAUCGUCCGACUUUGUUGUUCUUCAGGCUUUCACACUUUACGUUCUCUCUUGCCUCUCAAUGUCGAUGGAACCGCGAACUCUGUUUUGCUUUACUGGUAUCAUCGUCCGUAUCGCUCAAAGAAUGGGACUCAGCACGGAUGGAACGCACUACACCAUGCCACCUUUUGAGGUUGAAAUGAGAAGAAGACUGUGGUGGCAGAUUGUUUUGCUUGAUCACCGCGUAGCGGAAGUCUCUGGUGCGGAACCUUCUAUUGUUAUGCAUACGUGGGACACCAAACUCCCAGCAAAUACCGACGAUAGCGCUCUAUUCCCUGAUAUGAAAACCCCGCCGGUUGAAGGUCCUGGUAUCACAGAAAUGAUGUUUGUGAGGCUUCGAUGUGAGGUGCUUCAGGUUGUCCAACAGACCAAAGCUCGCACUGGUGAUUAUGCCCUCGGAAAAGAUGCAAUUGAAGAUCUCGAGCAGCGGCUCGAGCGGGUAUAUUGGCAGCAUUGCGAUCCGACGAUCCCUUUACACUUGAUGUCCCUCAUGACCUCCAAAUCGAGUAUCACCAAGUUGAGAAUAUCAUUGCGACAACCUAUCGUUCAAUCAAAUUCGAGACGCUUCUCUCAGACGAACAAAACAACACUAUUUCAGUUUUCACUGCAGAUGCUUGAGUACUACAACACGUUGAUCAGAAGCCCCUCCGUCCAACAAUUUACUUGGUAUAUGUUACAAAACUAUCCAUUCCCGGCACACAUCUAUCUCGCAUGGUUGCUACGCGAUCGAACGAAUGACGAACUCGCAGAUCAUGCCUGGCAUCAACUUUCCGAAAGUGCAGAAGCACGCAUGAAGUUCGAUAAACAGCCCUUCUUCAUCAAGAAAAGGCACAAGACAAUUCUGAUUCAAUUGGCUUUGGCAAAUCUUACGGUCAAAGCCUGGGAGGCCCGAGAAGCGACUUUUCAAAGCACCCAGAAACCUCCACCAGUACCUCGCUUCAUUUCCCUGUACCGGAAUAUGAUUUUGGAGGAUCAAUCUCAAAAAGGGACUGCGACAACUGAUUCAACUCCGUACAAUUUUGACGAUCAGUCCUUGGAACGUCGGAUAGCAUCCAUCUUCCCCGUUCUGGAUCCAAAUACUUUUGGGAUGGUACAAGGUUAUGGUCAGUCUAUGACACCUGGCAUGACUCCCUCGACUAUGGAAUCCAGCGUAUUUCAGAACCUCGCUCUGCCCGCGGCUUUGCCAUCUAUGGGAUGGGGUUCCUGGAAUGAAACGAUGCCCCCGGAGAAUUUGAUGGAUGGAGUUGAUACAACUAUGCCUUACUACAACAACUAUUCAUAUGAGAGUUGAUGAUGGUGUAAAGCUUCUCACGAUGAAUGAUGGUGCUGCAGACACUUCACCAUUGAAUUCACCCUCGCUUUACGCAGAAUAUUAUGACUAUACUAGUAGCGACCAGAUUGGCUUAACGCCUGUACAUCCGCGAAGCGUAAUGCGACUAGGCACUACCGAAGCUUUCAUGUCCGUCGAUAUCAAGACACCCCGUACGACGCACAAGCCGAGGCAAUCUGUUAUUGGGACGAGAACAAGCCAACUGCUCAAGAGGCCAGGCUUGGACUGCACAAAUGACAUGAAGGAAUGCGGCCAGCAUUGAGCCCGUGACUUCGAAGUCGAGUCAGUGCGCCAGUUGCCGCAGCACGACACGACGGUGAUCUUCCGUCGUACUAUGAGCUUGACUGGGACGGAGGGUGUGAUCACGUCCCUUCCUCCGAGCCUACGACCGUCAGCAUGGGAGGAUCACUCUCUCCCUCUCUCUCGGAGCCUGCAGAAACAUAUUGCCUCUCUG